GCGGCGGGGCCCGGGGCGGGUCGGGGUCAGGGUCCAAGGGCCGCCACGGCGCCAUGGCCGCGGAGGUUGUGGUGGUGGGUUCCUGUAUGACCGACCUGGUCAGCCUUACUACACGGUUGCCAAAAGCUGGAGAAACUAUCCUUGGACACAAGUUUUUUGUUGGUUUUGGUGGGAAAGGAGCCAAUCAGUGUGUCCAGUCUGCUCGACUUGGGGCCAAGACCUCACUGAUCUGCAAGGUUGGGAAUGAUUCCUUUGGCAAUGAUUAUGUUGAUAAUUUGAAGAAGAAUAGUAUUUCUACAGCAUUUGUAGGUCAAACUGCAGAUGCUGCUACUGGAACUGCUUCAAUAAUUGUCAACAGUGAAGGACAGAAUGUUAUUGUCAUAGUCCCAGGAGCCAACCUGCUUUUAAAUUUUGAAGACCUGAAGAGGGCUUCUGAUGUCAUCUGUAAAGCCAAAGUGGUUGUUUGCCAGCUAGAAAUAACGCCUGCUGUUUCACUUGAAGCUCUGAAAAUGGCACGUGCCAGUGGAGUAAAGACUUUGUUUAAUCCAGCUCCAGCCCUUGCUGACCUAGAUCCACAGUUUUAUACCUAUUCUGAUAUCUUCUGCUGCAAUGAAACUGAGGCAGAAAUUUUAACGGGCAUCCCAGUUGGCAACCUUGAAGAUGCUGAAAAGGUGGGACGCAUGCUGUUAGAAAGAGGGUGUAAGCUCGUAAUUGUUACUCUUGGAGCAGAAGGCUGCAUGAUGAUAUCAGGAGACGAACCCAUUCCAAAGCACGUUCCUGCUGGGAAGGUCAGGGCUGUGGACACUACGGGUGCUGGAGACAGUUUUGUGGGAGCACUGGCUUUCUACCUGGCCUACUAUCCCAAGUUAUCCAUGGAGGAAAUGAUCAGGAAGUCAAACUGCGUCGCAUCAGUGAGCGUCCAGGCACCAGGGACACAAUCUUCAUAUCCUUACAGGAAGGACUUGCCUCAGGACCUUUUCUAAUUGAUUGUCUAGCUUGCUGUACUGAUUUUAUCUCAUACCAGACAGCAUUAUUCUCCUGACUGCACCGAGGUUCUCCUCUGCUGACUGGAAAGGCCAGGAGAGUCUCUUUGCUUCUUGUUUCAGGAAUCCUGCGUGUUCCUGUUCUACAGCAGUAAGAUAGGGUGGGGUGGUGGGUCUUUCAAACACAGCACAGCAGGUCUCUUUGGCCCCACACAACCCUGUGGCCAUCCCACACAGUGCGCUCUACUGAACUACAUGAAGUUUACAGCAAAAUACCUGGAGGGUAUUGGGCCCCUGGCAAUAUUUUCACUUGAUUUUA